UUUUAUUUUGUUCAGCCACCUAAAACUCACCUAUAAAUAGCGUCACUGCCAUUCCCUAUAUCUCCGCCAUUGUUGUCUCAAUUACUCUUCGCAUAACCGAGAUCCUCUUACCUUCUUUGGCUCUCAAGUCUCAACUUUGGUGUGAAGAACUGAAGAAAUGGCACGCAAGAAGAUCAGAGAGUACGAUUCCAAGAGAUUAUUGAAGGAGCACUUCAAGAGGCUGGCGGGUUAUGAUUUGGCCAUCAAAUCCGCGCAAAUUAUAGAAUCAACAGAUUUCAAUCAGCUACAAGAGAAUGAGCCCUGGCUUUCCUCAACGAAGCUGGUUGUAAAACCCGACAUGUUAUUUGGCAAGCGUGGGAAAAGCGGGCUGGUUGCCUUAAAUCUAGAUCUAGCCCAAGUAGCUUCGUUUGUUAAGGAGCGGCUUGGCAAUGAGGUUCAGAUGGGUGGAUGCAAAGGUCCAAUCACGACUUUCAUCGUUGAGCCAUUUAUACCGCAUAAAGAAGAAUUUUACCUUAAUGUUGUUUCCGAGAGGCUUGGCAGUAGUAUAAGUUUUUCAGAAUGCGGAGGAAUAGAAAUAGAAGAGAAUUGGGACAAGGUUAAGACCAUCUUUGUGCCAACGGGGACAUCUUUUACAUCAGAGCUGUGUGCUCCACUUGUUGCAACACUUCCCCUCGAGAUCAAAAGUGUGAUCGAGGAGUUCAUCAAAGUGAUUUAUGCUCUAUUUUUAGAUUUGGACUUCACUUUCCUUGAGAUGAACCCGUUCACAUUGGUUGAUGGGAAGCCUUAUCCUCUGGACAUGAGGGGAGAACUUGAUGACACUGCUACUUUUAAGAACUUCAAAAAAUGGGGAAAUAUUGAAUUUCCAUUGCCAUUUGGGAGAGUAAUGAGUUCUACCGAAAGCUUUAUCCAUGGACUCGAUGAGAAGACAAGUGCGUCUUUGAAGUUCACGGUUUUGAACCCAAAAGGGCGAAUUUGGACUAUGGUGGCUGGUGGAGGUGCCAGUGUCAUCUACGCUGAUACGGUUGGUGAUCUUGGAUAUGCGUCUGAGCUUGGAAACUAUGCAGAAUACAGUGGCGCUCCCAAUGAAGAAGAGGUCUUGCAGUAUGCCAGAGUCGUUAUUGAUUGUGCAACUGCAGACCCCGAUGGUCGUAAGAGGGCUCUUGUGAUUGGCGGUGGUAUAGCAAACUUCACCGACGUUGCUGCUACGUUUAAUGGCAUCAUCCGAGCCUUGAAGGAGAAGGAAUCGAAGCUCAAGGCUGCGAGAAUGCAUUUAUAUGUGAGAAGAGGAGGCCCAAACUACCAGAGGGGGCUUGCUAAGAUGAGAUCUCUUGGUGAAGAAAUCGGCAUCCCCAUCGAGGUUUACGGGCCGGAGGCGACGAUGACUGGCAUCUGCAAACAGGCAAUUCAGUGCAUCACUGCAGCUGCAUAAAGCUAGCCAAUCUCAAUUCUCAACUCACAUUGUCAAACUGGAGAUUUUCACUUCUUUGUUAUUAUUUGUAAAAUCUGUGUUACAGGAUUUUAUAGCAAUGUUGUUAUUCCCAUGUUAUAAACUUUGGUCUGCAAUAUUUGAGAUUGAAAUGGCUGGUGAUUUUUUUUUUAUUCA